GAAUCCGACACGACUGAGCGCCUGAACUGAGCUGAUGUAGAACUCAGGCCUCAGGACAGCUCCAGGGAGAGAGUACUAGUAGGAUUUAUAGUUAUCAGAUGAGAAAACCACUGCAAAGAGAAGUUAAGGAAAUGCACAAGGUUUCAGCUAGGAAAUGGGGCUCGGUGGGAACCAGGCUCUCUGGUCCUCCUGGACUAGAUGCCCGGUGUUGUUUACCUUACCUGAACCCUAAUAUGCUGAAAGUGAUCUUUACCUACCUGAGAUUGCCUUUGUUAUUCUCUGCAUGCUAAUUUCCCCUGUGCUUAUUUACAGAUACAAAUCAGAAAACCUGAUCACUAUUAAAACCUACCAUCUACCACCUUUCCAGGAGUUCAUUUUUUUCCCCAUGAUCCAUGACUCAUUAUUUGUUUUGCUUUUUUUGUUUUAUGUUUUUAAUCAAGAGUCUAAACCUUGACUUGGAUGUGCAAGAAAUAGAAUUUUGAUGAUUCGAGCAAGAAUUGUGUUCCAAGAGUCUCUGAUAAUUAUGAAAGAAUGCUUCCCACUCAGGCUGAAAGUGUUAUAAAGAGUAUCAUUCGAGAAAUAGGACAAGAAUGUGCAGCCCAUGGAGAGAUUGUUCCUGAAACUCUAGUUGCUUUUAUGGUGAAAGCUGUUGUUCUGGACCCAAGUAAUGGCUUUAACACGGAUAGAACGCUCACAAAAAGUGAUGUGCAGAAACUGGUAAAGCUUUGUGUGAAUCGGCUAUUGGACAGCAAAAAUCCUUCCCUGGACACCAUUAAGAUGCAAGUCUACUUUGAUAUGAAUUAUACAAGUCGAGAGGAAUUUCUUGAAGAACAUCACCGGGUCAUAGAGUCGAGAUUAAGUUCUGUUAGCAGAGAGAUUACAGACAGUCGAGCGUGUGCCCGAGAGGAGCUGGAAAGCCUCUAUCGCAAGAUCGUCAGCUACGUGUUACUGCGCUCUGGGCUGGGGUCCCCGACAGACCUCAAGAUUGUCAGAGAGGCAACAGCUGCUCUACAGAGUGUGUUUCCUCAAACUGAGCUGGGGACGUUUCUAACCCUUUCUAAGAAGGACAAAGAAUGCCAGCUGAAAGAACUCGCCAUGAUUGUGACUGGAAUUCGUUUAUUUAACCGAGACUGUGGAAAGGGAGGAGAAGGCAUCGAUGACUUGCCAGCUAUUCUACAGGAAGCAAUCCCAGCCACCACUCAGCACGUUGAUUCCCAGCUUGAGGUGGUUCAGGACCAGGCAUACCGCUACACAGCCAUCCUAGAGAAGGUAGCAAAGAAUCCCCUCAUGGGUCAAGAACUUCAGCCCUAUAUGUUAAGAGAAGCCCUAUAUAACGUGCGGCAAUGCGAGAUCUUCCUUCAGGUCAUUUUGUCAGAUAUAAUCACCUGUGCUCAAGAAGUGGAAAUGAUGAUAAAGCAGUUAGAAGCGCAGCUGGAACAAUUAAAACUGACUGUAAAGUCAAAGACAGCCGUCCCAACAUCACAAGUCUUUCCUGUCUUCAUCGCGCUCUCCAACCUGUGGACUAGUUUCCAGGAUGAAACUGUCUUGAUUAGCGUCCUGAGUAACUUAACUACUCAUCUUGAGCCGUUCCUGGGGGCUCAUGACCUGUUCUUUCCUGAGAAAGUGAUGCAAGCUCUUCUUGACGGAGUGACCGUGAAAACUGACGUGUGUAGAAUAAAAGAGCACAUAGAAGAUAGAGUAAAUGCGGCAGAUUUCAAAAAACUGGAGUGGCUUUUCCCAGAAACAACAGCCAAUUUUGAUAAAUUAUUGAUUCAAUAUCGGGGAUUUUGUGCUUACACUUUUGCUACAACAGAUGGUCUUCUCCUUCCAGGAAAUCCAUCAAUUGGAAUUUUGAAAUAUAAAGAUAAGUAUUAUACUUUCAAUACCAGAGAUGCUGCAUAUUCAUUUGCAGAAAACCCUGAAAAUUACAUUGAUAUAAUUAGAGAAAAAGCCAAAAAAAAUGCAGAAUUGAUUCAGCUACUGGAACUUCAUCAACAGUUUGAAACACUUAUUCAGUAUUCUCAGACGAAAGGGGUUGACAAACGUUAUAUAAAACCAAUUACAAAAUGUGAAACUGGCACCCAGACGGAUACGCAUUUGUUGCCACCAACAAUUGUGAGAUCAUAUGAGUGGAAUGAAUGGGAAUUAAGAAGAAAAGCUAUAAAAUUGGCCAAUUUGCGUCGGAAAGUCACGCACUCCGUGCAGACUGAUCACAGUCACAUGAGGAGAGAAAACUGUUCUCAGGUCUACCGUUCGAAGACCGUCGGCACGCAGUCACUGCGGGACGGCUGCAGCCGCGUGCCGCGGCCCCAGAUCUACAUCGCUGGUCUCCGCGGGGGCCAGACCAAGGCCACCCACGGAGUCAGGGUGAACCUAACUAGAGCGGUUGAUGAAACCUAGUUAGAGCCCGAGGUUUCGAUGUAGAUACCACUAACUUAUGGACAGUGGCAAAUAUUUAAGAGUACGUUUGCAUCCGUGAAAAUUCACUGAUUUGGGGGGCGGGGGUGCUGGUACAUUCAUUGGUGGUAUGAAUGUUUUUGGAUUCUCAUUUAUAUGCACUGUCAAAACUCCUACAAAAAAGGGCACGUUGUUUUCUGUAAUGCAUUUUUCAUUCUAUUAAAAUUGAAAGGUAAACUCUG